AUUCUUUUCUCUCUCUACAAACUUAGACCCACCAAAAAUCAAUCAAAAACAUUAAGCAUUUGCAAUUUUCACAGCAAAAAAAAAAAAUAAAAAAAAUGCGGAAGGAUGAUCUGUACAUAACGGUACCGAGUUUGUUCCGGUGUCCUAUUUCCCUAGACGUUAUGAAAUCUCCGGUGAGUUUAUGCACCGGAGUUACAUACGAUCGUUGUAGCAUCCAAAGGUGGCUGGACAGUGGUAAUAACACGUGUCCAGCCACCAUGCAGGUGCUACAAACAAAAGAACUUGUACCUAACCAUACACUACAACGUCUUAUCCAGAUCUGGUCUGACUCGGUCAAAACUCAGACCGAAUCAAACAAAGUUAACUCAGUUUUAUUAACUCACGAACAAGUUCGUGAGCUAAUUAAACAGUUCCGAGUUCACACCGAUUUGGAUGUGAACUCGGAACGGUUAUCGAAGCUACUAGCUUUCUCCGAAGAAUCUUCGGAGAAUAAGCGUUUCGUAGCUUCUAUAUCCACGGAGAGUAAUUUGCUCGUUGUUCUCACUUCGUACCUUGUUCAAAAUCCCAAAAAUCUGAAAGUCAUGGAGAAAAUCGUACCUCUAUGGAGAAUGCUGGUGGAACAACGAGUCUCCGUAUCGAAAAUCGGGAGAAUAAACGAUGUAUAUCCAGCGAUAUUAUCAGGUCUGAAACACGGAAGUUUGAAGAUGAAAAUAGAGAUGACGAAAGCUGUAGAGUUGAUCAUAUCAACAGAUUCCGAAGCUAAAUCAACCUUAUCAGAAAACACUGAGUUAUACUCAGUUUUAUUGAGUUUCUCAACAAUUACUUCCUCCUCCGAUUGGAAUCCUGAGCUUAUGGAAGUUUCAAUUUCCUCUUUAAUUUCAUUCGCAAUGCUUCGUAAAAACCGGGUAAACCUCGUUAAAGCUGGAGCAGUAAAAACAAUCGGAAAAGCGUUACCAUUAUCCUCAACUGGAUUAACAGAUAAAUUGUUGAGAUUACUGGAAUUAAUAUCGACAUGCAAAGAGGGGAGAAUAGAGAUAUGUAACGAUACGGAUUGUGUACAAGCGAUAGUGAAGAAAGUAUUGAAAGUAUCAAAUGAAGCAACGGAACAUGCUGUAACGAUAUUAUGGAGUUUGUGUUGCUUAUUUAGAGAUCAUAAAGCACAAGAAUCAGUUGCGAAGAGUAAUGGAAUGGCGAAGAUACUGUUAUUGUUACAAAGUAAUUGUUCACCUGCUGUGAGGCAAAUGGCUGCAGAUUUGCUUAAGGUGUUUAGAGUGAAUCCGAAAGCUGUUUCUUGUCUUUCUACUAGUUAUGAUACUAAGACUACUCAUAUCAUGCCAUUUUGAUGUGGGGGGGAUAAAUUUUUUUGUUGUUGAUAAUUUUUGUAAAUCAUAUAAGCAAUUUUGUUGAGAAAAAGAUAUAUAGAAUUUGGAGAAAAAAAGGAAGAAACUUCAUUUGUUUUUAA